AUGUGUCGGUGGGGAGAGAGGAUUGGCCUGUUUGAAUGUCUGCUGGAGAGUCAGGAGUCUCGACAUGAUCACGUGUAUAUGUGGAGGCUGGGGGAUUCCACCGUAAUCAUUACUGGCCGUCCUCAACACGUCCUUCCGCCACAACCUUCCCCGGAGAAAGAGAAGAGACAGAGUAGAAACUCUGCUGGAUACAAAGAGCCAAGCGAGAACACCCCUGUGUCAUUCUAUCAGUUGGGAGCGUGUAUCAUCCAGAGGUAUUACUAUGGACUAGAGAAGCAAGAAGUAACAGAAAAUGUAAAAAACGCCCAAACAACUGACAACCAUCCGUGUGUCGCCCCAUUCUCCUUGCCUGACACCCCAGAAAAUGAUGAUGGGGGAAUUUGGUGGACUAAGCUGCAGACGCCUACAGACCUAUCCAAACUCGAUGUACCAAUUCUCUCCCACAGGCAUCUGUCCUCUGAAAAGACAGUCGUCGGAGAAGGAGCAUUCGGUACAGUAUCCCUCACAAUUUUGGCCGGCAUCAAACAGGUCGUCGUCAAAUCGUUCUACGAUGACCAUUCCACGUCUGAGGACAUUUUACAAGAGUCUAAGCUCCUGUAUUACCUAAGCGAUACAGGUUUUGUGCCUCAGUUGUUCGGAGUAUCGUACGGCCCGGACUUCCGGGUAUCCAUUGUACAGGAGUACUGUGCUCAAGGCGUAACAUUGUACGAUGUAUUGUAUGGCUUCUACAACUUGUCCAACGAAGCCUGGAUGAAGAUCAUCCGGCAACUGGCUAAUGGGGUAAAAGCGAUCCACUGUAAAGCCGUACUGCUCAAUGAUUUAAAGGAAGACAACAUACUCGUGGAUUGUCAAUCCGGCAACUUCGAGGUCAAGUUUAUAGACUUUGGUUUGUCCACAUUCAAGGAAAGCCGAAUUUACCACGUUAUACCUGAAGAGAGACACAUGCGAGCGCAGCUAGCACCGGAAGUUAUAUACGGACAGCCAACGAGACCAUCCUCAGACAUUUACAGUCUGGGUAAAAUACUGGACAACAUUUCUUACCAAUGUGGUACACGAGGACUUCGUGAAAUAGCGGAGGUCUGCCUGGGUCCCGUGGAUAAGCGACCCUCAAUAGACAGUGUCAUCCAGAUGAUUUCAGAUCUCGACUAG